AUGGCGUCGAGACAUAACUUGUAUAAGCUCCAAAGCCUACUCCUUAAAGAAGUAAUUGGGAUUAAGGAAAAACUGCAAGCAGGCAUGGUUCGGAAAGCAGCCAUGGGUGACACACUACGAUCCCUGGAAAGCAAAAUGAAGGAAGCCACUACGAACCACGAAAUGCUGAGAGUGCAUGGCGAAAACACUGAUCCCUAUUUCAAAGAAAAUGUUUGGGAUCUCAUCAACUUGAACUAUGGAAAAGCAAAGGAACUCCUAGCGAGUUUGGAAGAAGAGGUCGAGCGAGAACCGCAAAGGGUAAUAAAAGAAGCAGAGCCCGAAGUGCAUGGGCUAAUGCUCGAUCAACAGUUAAAGGCCUUCCAAGAGGAAAUGCAACAACAGAUGCAACAACAAAUGCAACAAUUUAUGUUGAUGUUCGAGAAGAAUAAAAGAGAAAAUGAGGAAGAAAGACAAACCCAUAUAGAAUCAUCACCAAUGGGCAAUCAGGCGAAUAUAAAAGUAAGCGCAAUCAUCUACCAAUUCAGGAAAAAAGUAAACAAACUCGCCGAUGCCGUUGAAAGCGAUUUAGCUGGACUAUCAAAAUAUGCUUUGGAGUACAUGAAGUCAUCGUGGGAGAAGCAUAUGGAUGAAAUUAGGAAAUUGCAUCUCGAGCUCUCAACGGUGCAUGGAAUGGAAGAGGUAGAUCUCGAAUUUGAAGAAAUUGAAGAAAAGUUUGAGAGCAAAAUGCAGGAUAUGAUAAGAAGGAUAGAUGGUCUUAAAGAGGAGUCACUGGAAGUAGAACUAAAAAGAGUUCAAAUACCAUCCUUUAGUGGUCAUGUGGAAGAGUGGAGUUCAUUUCACGAUUUAUUUAAAAAGAUGAUUGAUGAAAACUCCAAAUUAUCAAAAGUUCAAAAACUGUACUACCUCAAGACAAAUCUAAAAGGAGAGGCAUUUCGCUUGGUGCAACAUCUUCAAGUGACCGAGGCAAAUUAUGAAGCAGCAUGGGAAUUACUGGAAAAAAGAUAUGGCAACAGGAGAAUUUUAUUCACUAAAUUGGUAGAUAGAAUACUGGACCAUCAAAACAUCAACAGCCUGUCAGCAAUAAGCAUAAGAAAUUUGCUGGACAAUGUAAAUGAAAGUAUUCAGGCGUUGAAAGCAAUGGAUAUUCCCCUAGAGCAAGCGGAUCCCAUUUUAGCCCGAAUAAUUAUACGGAAACUGGAUAAGGAUGGGCUUAUUCUUUAUGAGCAGAAUGUAAAGAAAUCCAAGGACAUCCAAAAACUUGAGGAUGUGAUGGACUUCCUGGAGCAGCAGUUUCAAGCCUUGGAAGCUUCAGUAGGCAGAAAACACAAUAACAUAGGACUGUACAAACUCCAAGAAAAAUCAGCAGUGGUAGCGGAAUUAAAACAAUAUCCAAAUUUCAACAGCCCGGAAAGAAUCGAUUUAGUCAUUGGAGCCGAUCUUUACUCACAAAUAUUGGAAGAAGGAGUUCGCCACGAUGAGCAAAUUGUGGGACAAAAUACGAAGUUGGGUUGGAUUUUAUCUGGAACAGUAGUAGUAAAUCCUGGAUUGAACAUAAAGAAAUCGGCAGCAACAACAACAAUUGAGAGGUUCUGGGAAAUAGAGGAAAUAGAAGAUGAAAAAACGACCGAAGAAGACGAAUACUGCCUUAAGUUAUAUGAAGACACAACACGCCGAGACAAUUCAGGAAGAUUUGUCGUGCGUUUGCCGUUAAUUGAAGAAAAAGAUUUGGGAGAUUCAUAUAAAAGAGCCAUGGCGAGGUUUAUAAACUUGGAAAAAAGAUUAGAAAAUAAUGCGGAAUUAAAGUCAGAGUACGAGAAAACAAUGAACGAGCUCAUAUCCAUGGGCCAAAUGGUAAAGGUGGAUCCAAGUAAGAAGGCUUUGUAUUAUAUGCCGCACCAAGCAGUGGUACGUGAAACAAGUCUAACCACAAAAGUUAGAGUGGUAUUUGAUGCUUCAUCGACAACUUCAAAUGGGAAGUCGCUGAAUGACAUACUUCACGUGGGACCAAGGCUUCAAAAAGAUAUAUUUGACAUUGUAACAAAGUGGAGAUCGUGGAAGUUUGUCAUCUCAGCUGAUGUGGAGAAAAUGUUUCGUCAGAUUAAAGUUGAAAAAGAAGACCAGGAAUACCAACAUGUGUUGUGGAGGAGUAAUCCGUCGGAGCCUAUCCAACAAUAUAAACUUACUACGGUAACAUAUGGCACUGCAUCAGCACCAUUUCUGGCUGUAAGAUCGCUCAUAGAAAUUGGAAAUAGGUGCCAGAAUCAAGAAAUCGCUCAGAGGAUCAAAGAAGAUUUCUACAUGGACGACCUUUUAACAGGAGCGAAUACAAAACAAGAAUGCAGGGAGGUGCAGAAGAAGAUAACGCUGCAACUGGAGGAUUAUGGGUUUCAUUUAAGAAAAUGGAUAUCAAACUCUCCUGAAGUAUUGAGUGCGGUGAAAUUGAAUGAAGAAAAUGAAGUGCUGAGAAUAGAAGAAGAUGAAUGCUUGAAAACAUUGGGAUUACAAUGGAAUCCACAGAUCGAUUGCUUUACAUUUAGUAUGCAAAUUAAAAAAGAAGACAAGUUGACAAAACGAAUAGCAUUGUCAAGACUGGCACGAAUAUUCGAUCCAUUAGGUUGGCUGACGCCAGUCACGGUAACAGCAAAACUAUUUAUACAGCAGUUAUGGAUACAACAAAUAGAAUGGGAUGUGCCAUUGGAGGAGAAAUUGAGUGGAGAUUGGCGGCAGUUUACAUACAGUCUGCCUGCUUUAGAAAAUUUAAGGAUUCCAAGAUGGUUUGGAAUAUUGGAAGACAAAACUGCACAGUUACAUGGGUUUGCAGAUGCUUCCGAGAAGGCUUAUGCAGCAGUCGUAUACCUUAAGGUAAAUUCGCAGGUGACCAUAGUGGCUGCAAAAAGUAAGGUAAAUCCAGUAAAAAAUAGGAAGACGCCUCCAAAGCUGGAACUUUGUGCAACACAUCUAUUGGCUAAACUACUACAGAAGAUCAAAGGAGUAUUGAAGUCAGCAACACCAACUUUUGCUUGGAGUGAUUCCAUGAUUUCCUUGGCAUGGAUUCACAACUCCAAAAACAAGGAUAAGUUCAUAAAAACAAGGGUGAUGGAUAUUUUGGAGAGAAUACCCGAAGCGAAAUGGGGCUACGUCAAGUCAAAGGAGAAUCCAGCAGAUAUGGGUUCAAGGGGUGUCCCACCGGAGACUUUGACAAACAAUACAUUGUGGUGGGAAGGCCCCGAAUGGCUGAAAAAAGAUGAACAAGAUUGGCCAAAAAGCAACAUAAAUCAAACAGUAGCAACAACAGUAAAGUUUUCGACUGAAAACCACUUAUAUGAAAGUAUGAUGAAGUAUUCGUCAUUUAAGAAACAGAUACGUGUAAUGGCUUAUCUACUGCGUUUUAUAAAAGGGCUAAAAAAGAAGCGAGCAGUAAAUGAGCAUUUGACGGCAAAAGAGUUGGAAGAAGCAGAGAUGGAGAUAAUAAAACUACAUCAAGAAAGAGAAUGGCCAGUGGAACUAAGGAAAUUGAAGACAUUGGGAACGGUGGAUCAUCAAAGUAAAAUAGCUUCACUACAUCCACAGUUGGAUCGAAAUGGCAUAAUGCGGGUUGGUGGAAGACUUGCUUUGUCAGAGCUGAACUAUAACCAAAAGCAUCCAAUAAUUAUUCAAAAGUCAAGAUUAGCGGGAAAUAUCAUUCGAAAUUGUCAUAUUCAAACGAUGCAUGGAGGAAAUCGACUUAUGGAAAAUAUACUAAGACGAAAAUAUUGGAUUAUUGGAGCUAAAAAUAGGAUAAAACUUUGCAUUAGGUGUUGUCCAAGAUGUACGCGCUUUAGAGGUGAAGUGCGAAAUCAAUUGAUGGGAAAUUUACCAGCUUACCGUGUCAGUAUAAAUCAACCCUUUCAACACUGUGGCAUUGAUUAUGCGGGUCCGCUACAAAUACGGUGCUCCAAAACAAGAGGAGUGAAGGCUAUGAAGGGUUACGUAGCGGUGUUCGUAUGCAUGGUAACUAAGGCGGUUCAUUUGGAAGCUGUCAGCGAACUUACAACGGAAGCAUUUCUGGCGGCGCUAAGGCGAUUUUUCGCGAGAAGAGGAAAAUCAACCGACUUAUAUUCAGACAACGGAACGAACUUCGUAGGGGCAGCAAGGCAGCUUGACAGAGACUUUUUGGAUGCCGUUAAAAACAACACGAAGUUAGCUCCCAUUUUGGAAAAUGAAAAAAUAAGUUGGCAUUUCAUUCCGCCGGCAGCUCCUCACGUUGGAGGAAUUUGGGAAGCAGCAGUGAAGUCCAUGAAAUAUCACCUAAAAAGAAUAAUUGGUGAUACGAAAUUGACUUACGAGGAGUUGAGUACGGUGCUAUCUCAGAUUGAAGCAGUAUUAAAUUCGAGGCCGCUACAUGAACUUGGAAGCGGUACAGAAUAUAUUGACACUUUAACACCUGGACAUUUCUUAAUUGGCCGUCCGAUGUUAGAAUCACCGGCGACUAUCGAUGAAGGUAACUUAGGAUGUCUUAAUAGAUGGAAACUGCUACAACGAAUUAAAAGUCAUUUUUGGAGCAGAUGGAAAGAGGAGUAUCUAACCACAUUACAAAACCGAAUGAAAUGGAAGAAACAAAAUAAUAAUGUGGAAAUAGGCAAUGUGGUGAUAUUGAAAAACGAAGAAACGCACGCGGCGCGAUGGCCACUGGCCAAGGUGGUAGAAGUCCAUCCAGGGAAGGACGGAGUUGUAAGGAUUGUGACAGUUAAAACACAAGACGGCGUGAUAAAGAGGCCAAUUAACAAAUUAUGUCCAUUGGAGCAUAUGGACGAGGAAUCUGAAGAAUUGCCCAGACAGGAAAAACAGGCGGAAAUUACACAUACUAAUAUGACAAGAUGUGAGCGAAAAAUAAGGAAACAACCAAUAACGUGGGCAAUGAUGCUGAACUUAUUUUUACUAAUAUCUACCAAGGCAUCAUCUGUACAUGAACUGAAUAGUUCGGCUGCGGUAUAUUUGGAUCCCAUGUCUCAAAUUCACAUGGUUUCCUCAUCAUGGAAUAUGGUUGUGUACUUUGAGCUGAAACCAUAUUUAGAAACAUUAGACCUGGCUUCCGAAUUGCUGAAAACAUCAAAAAGCUUAUGCCCACGACUUCAAACUUUUGAGGAGCAGUGUUGGUCCACGAUUAACAAUAUGGAACUCAAGAUUAAUAAGAUAAAGACCAACAAUCGAUUAUUCCUCAGAGAAGACAAUCGUCAAAAAAGAGGAGCUCCGUUGAAAUUUGUAGGUUCGUUUCAACACUGGGCAUUUGGGAUAAUGGACGAUGACGAUCGAGUAGCUAUGGAGAGCAAUAUGAAAAAUCUAUUAGCCAACCAAAAGGAUUUGAAGAAGUUAGCAAAACAACAGACAUCUGUAGUCGACGCUACAGUAAAUCUUUUAAGGAAAACCACAGAGGAAGUGAAUUCGCACUUUUCGGAUAUCAAAGGCAAAAUUGAGAACAUAAGUGCUACAAUGAAUGAGAAUUACUUCGUGUAUAGAGAAUCCAUACGAUUCUUUAUAAUAGCAAAACAAAUUCAUGAGCUUUUGGAAGAAUGUGACGAAGUCCAAAAAGAAGUUGUUGAUGCAUUAAUUGAUGUAAACAGCGGUAAGUUUCAUCCCGUCCUGAUAACACCCAAACAAUUACAAGCAGAGAUAGUAAAAAUACGAGAUGCUCUGCCUGAAAAAUAUGUACUGCCAGGAAAGCGUACAGGAAUGGAAUUAAAAGAGAUCUUACAUUUGAUGACGUGCCACGGAUCGUUUGUGGGGUCCCAACUGGUAAUUAAUAUAAAAAUACCGCUGUUCAAUCGGCAGUCAUCCCAGUUUUACAAAGUAAUUCCGAUACCAUUUGAAGAAGGAAAUACGAUAUUGAUAGCCCGGGUGAAUUCCCCGUACAUUGUAUAUAAUUUUGAGCUGGAUUCUUUUCAUUUCUUAACACAGCCUAUGCUGAAUGAGUGCAAAGAGACGUUGGGUAAGGAGAUAAUGUGCGAAGAGAAUUUUCCAUGGAGAGAUGCAACUACAAAUAAUUGUGAAUUAUCUCCUCUGAGACCGCACAUAAAACUAAACUGCGCCUAUGACGAAGUGGAACGAAUGCCUUAUUGGAUGCCAUUGAAACGAAAUGGCAAUUGGCUUUUUAAAACCUUUUCAAGUACAACAGCUCAUUUGCAAUGCUCUCACAAACAACAGACGAUUAUGGAACUUCCAAAGCAAGGAAUUCUCACGCUGGAUGCAGACUGUACAGCGAGGAUCGGUAAAGAUGUAAGUCCGGACGAAAAAGAAUCAAUCAAACCCCUUGGAAAUAUACUUAUCAAUCAUCAUCAAGAAAUUGACGAGCUAAAGAAAUUCGUGGACAAGUUAAAGAAAGAAAAUGUGGAAUUGCGAGGCUUGAAGUUCCAUCACAUCUCAUCACACGUAGCUUUUAUUUUAGUAAUUAUAGUAAUAAUAAUUCUAAUUAUUUUAUUUAUAAGAAGACAGAAAAAAUUAAAACGCAUAACCGAAAUUCAAUUUCCCCGAGGCCAGGAUGUCUAAAUAAAUUAUUUGCCGCCCGGGAAAAUGUUCAUAAAACUAUGAACAUGAAAGACUGCUGCAAUAAAUUAGAUCGUUAAGUGAUUUAGGCUAUAAAAUGUUUAUGUAAUUUUAACCCAACAUUCUAGAGUACUUGUAAAUGUGUGUGCAUGAAAGAUAAGAGCAUAAGGGAUGAUAACACUUCAUGCUGCUGGAGACGCAUUGAUAAUAAAGAAUAUUCUCCCAUAAAAAUGCGCUCAGCUGGGGAGUAAAUAUAGAUCACAGCAAUUGUGUGUUGCAUUAGGCCUAUGCAUAGAAUUAGAAAUGUCAAGUGUUUGUAGCCUUAAGUAGAUGCAUAAGAUUAAACCCCCCUAAGAUUUCUGUUGUGUACUAGCACUUAAGUAAUACAUUUUGUUCAAUAAAAUUAGAAUUAAACUGACAAACGAACAAACAA